GUCAGUGAAUAGGUCAUAUCUGUGAAGCAGACAGACACCAGACAUGUAGAUUUUAAGACAGCAGGUUGUACUGAGUGCCUAGAGGACAGUAAGCCAGCGAGGGGGACCAAUGGGGGCUGGUCCCAGGGCCGCCUUCUGGCACGGCACACACUCCUCCUUGCCUCGGUCUCCUGACCCAUCGUCACCACCCAGACUCUUGUCCCUCCUUCCACCCUUUCCACCCAGCCAUGGUGCCGCCCGGGGUGUAGGCCAUGGCACCAGGAGCUGGGGCUCCAGUGAUCCGCCAGCCUCGGCCUCCCUUCCUGCCCCAGCAGAGCCCUGUGUCCUGUGCCACCUGCCCUGCCUGUCCCAGCCCUCCUCCCCUCCUUGUCCCUUCCUUGUCCCUUGUCCUUCCUUGUCCCUUUCCUCUCCUUCUUUCAAACUCACAUCCCCUCUGGUGCUCACCAUGGGCUGAGCCUCUGGACUCCAUGGUCCCCUUUUUCUGUCCUUGCUCUGUCAUCUACUGUCACUCCAACCCUCCUGCCCUCAUGGAAGAUGGCAGCCCCCAAGCCAUCCGUGUCUGCAGUCACAUGGAUGACCUGCUACUUUGUCCCCAGCUCUCUUCCUGAUUCCCACAGUCUCUGCUUCUGCACUGCCAUCGCCAUGCCGGCCCCUCUCCCGCCCAGUCUGCUCACCUCCUACCCUCUUGUGCUCUCUGACCUGCUGCUCCACCUGGGAGACAGGCAUUCCCAGCUCAUUCCAAACCCAUGUCCCCAGCCUCCAAAGAACUGGGGCCCUGUUCAGCAUCCCCAUCUCCCACCACUUUCCUGAGACUGCAAAUCAUCAAAAAAGAAGAACCUUUCAAUAUAGUACCAAUCUUUUCCCCUAGAAAUAAAGGUACAUUUAUUAUAGGUUUUGGUUUUGGUACAUUUUGUACAAGAAAAGAGAAUGCUUUAUUUUUGGCGGUAAGAAUUACUGAUGAGCAACCAUAAAUAGUUUUUUAAAGUAGACCUUUUAAAUCAUACUGUGUUUUACAAAAUGUUACUGAGUAUGCUAUGAGAAAUUACUAAUAAGCAUCUUUAUCUGUUUCUAAUUUAGAGACG